UUCGCUUGGAUCACUGGUUUUGGAUAAAAAUCAUUAUGAAUAUUAUUAUGAAACCAAUACCAGCAUCGUCACCACAAACAGUUCGGAAAGCAACCCCGACAAUAAUAAUAGUAAUGGUAAUGGUUGUAAUAUCAUCGAAAUGGCGGCGAAAUAUUGUCCAAAUUUGAUCAAUUUCACCUCAUCCGUGACAAUUUCGGAGAUUCCUCAAUUGAUCACCCUGUUUACCCUAUGCCCAAUAUUGGAAACGGUCAAUCUCAUGCAUUCUUCUUUUGAUGAUUACGAUCAUAUGGAACAAUUGUCGAAUUCAACAAUCUCAUCGUUAAACCAAGAGAAUGUUCCAAUGAUUGACGUUGAUUGGCUGCUGGAGAAGAUGUGCGAUCAAAAGCUCUCCCGAAAUUUGCGCCGUCUCUCCAUUCAAGCUCCGUGGUCAUAUUCUUCUGCUGCGCUGGAGAAUUAUUUGACAACUUGCAGUCCACCGUUGAAAUCCCUGGAGCUCUCUUAUUUUUUUUCCGACGAUCACUUGAGUGUGCUGCUGAGGUGUUUGGACGGAAAAUUGAAGAGUUUAAAGGUGGAGACUGUUGAGGAACUAAGUGAUGAAUUACAGGUUGAGGCAUUGGAUAAAAUAGAAGACUUCCGAGUACAGAAAUUAAAAGCCGAAUAUCUGUUUGCAUACCUGUAG